CUCUUGGUUCUUCCAGGUAGUCUACAUAUCGGAGAAGAAGCAUUCCAGGACCGCCAUGGGCUUCAUCCGCCUCUUGGCCGAUCGCAACAGUGACCUGUUCCGGAAGUAUGCCAUGUUCUCUCCCGUGGACCACCGAGUGCCUCGCACCUACGUUGCCUUGGCCGACUGCCCGCCCGAUUUUGCCUCGCGCCCCGAGGACUAUUCCAGCAUCCUUUUCAUCUGUCGCAUGGUGGAUUGGCGGGAGGACAGCAACUUUGCCCUUGGGCAAUUGGCCCAAAGUCUUGGGCAGGCCGGUGAAAUUGAUCCGGAAACCGAAGGCAUCCUAGCAGAAUACGGGGUGGACACCGCGGAUUUCUCUCCAGACGUCCUGCAGUGCCUUCCACAGAACCUGCCUUGGGUCAUCCCGUCCGACGAGUUGGCCAGGAGGAGAGAUUUAAG